AUGCCUUGAAUGCAGCAUUGGGGCGUGGCUUUCCGGGAUACGGAAGUAGUUUGUGCCAGACAAGACAUAAACAGCGGUUUUGAUAUUAGUUCGCUCGGGUGAGGACAAGAACAAAACAUGGCGCCAAAGAGAAGGGCAGCAUCUUCCACCAAAGCAGGUGGAAAGAAGAUAAAAGAGGAGCCUGAAGCUCCAGUAAAAGACAAGUUCACCUCCGCUAAAGAAGCUCUGAAGGCCACAGGACCACAGGUUAAAGUCACCCGGAAACCAGACUGCUUAUGUCACCUAUCAAAUGCUGAGGUUCAUGAAGAUUAUGAUUGUAUGCUGAACCAGACCAACAUUGGAAAUAACAACAACAAAUUUUAUCUAAUCCAAGUCUUAUUGUCUGGCGGGCAAUAUUAUUGCUGGACAAGAUGGGGCAGAGUAGGAGAAGCAGGACAGAACAAUUUAGCUGGACCUUCAAAUGUUGAUGCUGCCAUUAAGAACUUUGAAAAAAAAUUUAAAGACAAAACAAAGAACAACUGGAGCGAUCGGGCUAACUUUGUCUCUCAUGCGGGAAAAUACACUCUGAUUGAGGUGGAAGGAGACCAGGAUGCUGAAGUGAUGGUGGAUGCGGUAGGUAGCGGACCAGUGACCGUAAAAAAGAACAUUCUGCCUUGCACACUGGGCGAUGCAACUCAAAGACUCAUCAAGUUAAUCUUCAACAAUGACAUGUUCAAGGAGGCCAUGGAGAGCAUGAACCUGGACAUUAAGAAGAUGCCGCUGGGGAAGCUGAGUAAGCAUCAGAUUGCUAAAGGCUUUGAGGCAUUAGAAGAGAUUGCGGAGGCAAUAAAGAAGAAAAGUAAUGAAAGCACGUUAGCAGAGCUUACUUCUAAGUUCUUCACCAUUAUUCCACAUAACUUUGGCCGCAAUAGACCCCCUGUCAUCAAAGAUGAUGUCAUCCUUCAGAACAAGAAGGAGAUGCUUCUGGUAUUGGCAGAUAUAGAGAUAGCCCAAAGUCUUAAAGCUGAGUCAGAAAAAGCGAAGGAGGAGAUGAUGGAGACAGUUCCUCAUCCAAUAGACCAGGACUACCAAUCUCUAAAAUGCAACCUCACUCUAAUGGAUAAAAAAUCUAAAGAGCUUAAGAUUAUUGAGAAGUAUUUAAAUGCCACUGGUGAAGGACUCUCCAUAGUGGAUGUAUGGGAAGUGGACAGAGAUAAAGAGGCAGAGCGCUUCACAGACAGUGAUGCUUUGGAGAACAGGAAGCUGCUGUGGCAUGGUACUAACGUGGCCGUGGUGGCAGCCAUUUUGAAAAGUGGUCUACGAAUCAUGCCACACUCUGGUGGUCGGGUGGGAAGGGGGAUUUACUUUGCAUCAGAAAAUGCUAAAUCUGCUAGCUAUGUCCGGACAUCAAAGAAUAUCGGCAUUAUGUUUCUGAGUGAAGUUGCUCUGGGCAAGGAAUACACCAUCAGAAUAGAUGACCCAAGCUUAAGGAAAGCUCCUAACGGCUAUGACAGUGUAGUAGCACGUGGGAGACAAGAACCAGAUCCCUCAAAAGACAUCUUCAUUCAGCUGGAUGGGAAGAAAGUGGCUGUGCCACAAGGGAAAGCCAUAAAUCAAGCUGAGUACGAAAACAGCAACUUCUACAACAGUGAGUAUCUCAUUUACAAGGAGAGUCAGUGUCGCAUCCGGUACCUGCUGGAGCUCCGCUUCUAACUUCUGCUACAAGGGGACUGGCAAAAACGUAUAGAAAACUGCUCCGCUAAAAACAAAAGGGUUUAAACUGCACAAAGUUGCUUUUGUGUGUUAUAUUUCUAGUCAACCAAAGUUUAUCCAGAGUCUGAUUUGAUGUUCAACAUAACUUCAUUUGACUCAGUAAUGCCCUCAAUAAAUGAAAUAUUUGUUAAUGAGGUUUAUCUGAAAUUCAUGUGUGGAGGUACUGGUUGUUUUUUUAUUUGCUGACGCAUUUUCAAAUUAUAAACACAUUCUUGUGGACAUUUGGCAGACAUUCUGCUAAGUCAGGUUGUUUUUAUGCCUUUGUUCAAUGCAAAUUUGGAGUGCCUUCUUUUUAUUAAAGAAUCUGUUUGAAUGGUUGUCUGUGUAGCCAUUACAGUACCUCUAAAAUAUCCCAUGUGGAACUGAGAUAUAUAUAUAUAUAUAUAUAUAUAUAUAUAUAUAUAUAUAUAUAUAUAUAUAUAUAUAUAUAUAUAUAUAUAUAUAUAAAAUAUAGUUAGCAAUAUAUAAAGAAGUUUAGUUAAAUUGCGCUGGAAUUUCCAUUUAUUCUGUUAGACUGUUCUUUAUUGGCUUUCUAUCCUAACCUUCAUUCUAACUUUUUUGAAGUUUAAAGUUAUAUUCAUGCUUGUGUUCCUGCGUUUUUUUUUGGGUUUUUUUCUUGGUGAUUUUCAUGUGUUUUUGUCAAGAUUUGGCAAAAUCUUUGGUAAGAUUUCAUGGUACCACUGUAUCCAUCCAUGCCAAUGAGGUUGUAUUUGGCCAUUAUUCUUUUUGUGUAGAGAUCAGUAACUACAAUGUUUUUGUAGUUACUCCAAGUUGAAAUUUAUUAUGCAUCCCUGCAUAUUGCACUAUGAACAUAACAUAGAUAAUGUUAUCUCUAAUGCUUGUUUGUCUCUAAGUCCAAUAUAUUUUGCUUAGUACAAUUGUACUUUAAAAAAAAAAAAAAAAAAAGAUUUUGAAAGAAUGUUAAGCUCUUAAGAAUGCCUUGGGUAAAUUUCUUGCUGUGGUAACUCAACAGGUAGAAAAUAAAUAAUUGUGCUUAAA